CACAGAAAAAAAAAAAUGGCAGCCACCACCCACGCUGAUUAUUGUUUACAAUUGAAACCACUAUUUGCAAUCAAGAUAAACCACUAGCAGGCAAGACCAAGCACAUCCAACGACAUGUCACAGGAACUAGCUGGUGCUUGUGAUAAACUACUAACUUCAACUUCUAUACUAUCGCAUACAUACGGUAUACCGACCAUCACUUCAACUCAAGAUAAGAUUGAUGAUAAGAUCAAUCGAUUAGAACAAGAACACGUUAAAUUAUAUGAUGAAUUGACUCAUAAAUUAGAUGAAUUGAUAUAUUUGAAUGAAGUAGAUCAAUUACAACAUGAUGAUGAACAAACCAUACAGUCUAAAUAUGAAGAAAUUGUUCAUUUAUACCCUAUGCUUCCACCCAUUAAAUUAGAAUCAUUCAUAAAAGCUCAUAAUUCAACUAUAAAGACUGAUUUAUUAUUGAAUAAUUUUAUCCAAUUAACUGGUCCUAUACUACGAUCCAUACAUCAAGAUAAUACAUCAUUGACCAAUACUGAAUUGAAUAUCUUGACUAAUCUUGAUAAGUUGUAUGCUUUGGAUAAUGGACUUGUGUUUCAAAUCAUGCAAAAGUUUAAACUGGGGAAACUUCAUGAACAAGAAUAUAAUCAAUUACUUGAUGAUAAUGAAAAGUUAUUAAUAGAGAAUUUAAAACCUAAAUUGAUGGCAUUGAAAGAUUCAAAUGAAACGUUAUUAUCAUUACAUAAACAAUUGAUUAAUUCAAAACAACAACAAGUGGAUGGGAUUGAUCUCGAUCAAGAUAUAAUCAAACAGAUUGAAUCAAAGUAUCAUGAUUUAGUCCAACAAUGGAAUUACUUAUCGAAACUAUGUACGUUCUUACCUAUGCUUAUCACUAGUUUACCUUUGAAUUGGUAUGAAGAUAAAACAUUAUUCAAUAUCAUUCAAGAUUGUGAAGAUUUUUCAGAGAAAUUAGAUCGAUAUCAGACAUUAUUGAAUGUUGAAACUAUAAAGGAUAUCGAUACAAAGGAUCUUCUUAUGUUAGAUUUCGAUGAAUUGAUAAAUGACAAUGACAAUGUUAAUGACUUAUGAAAAUAUGUAUUGUGUUAGCUUUAGUAUAUACAAGAAA